UCGGUUCUGAAAUGAUAGAACUUUUUCUUUCGCUCGGUAGACGCACGAAAAGAGAUUCAGUGGUGUGAUUAAGAAGUCAGUUUUCUUGUGGUUUUUUAAUAAAUAAUUCAAUAAAAGUUAUCGCAAUAUAAGAGUAGACAUUCGUACUCAACAUAUUUAUACGUGAUUAGAUAAUAUAUUGUUUUCUUUCAACCCAUUUCGUAUUUAAUACAAUGUGACAUUAGCGACAAUGAUUGUCGAGAGCAAUUUUUUGAAGCCAAAUGAAGAAAGAGGCAACAAAUGGUGGUGCAUAAAGUGAAUGGUGUGAGCUUAACAUGUAAAUAGAGACUAUUACUAUAGACAGAGUGCAAUAAGUGCGCGAUUUCAUUCCUUUUAAAACCGACAAUACCAAUUUUACGUCAUCCUGUAUUUUGUACUAAUUAUGCUGAGGAAUUUUACGGUCGUGCAUAGUCACUGAUCAAGUGUAUUGAACACUGCAAGGAAAUGAAACUUGUGUCGAAAAAAUGAUGUUAAACAAAAUUGUCUUGUCAAUUUAGCCUUUCCUCAAUAUAUGGGAAAAAGUUUGAAUUCUUGAGCACUGCUCCCAUUUUUGCACUAAUGAAUAAUUCAUUGCAUAAUGGUGGAUAUCAUAUAGACGUCAAUGCAUACAUACUUAUAGAUGGUUUCUGGUUUCUUGGAAAAAUAGUUAUAAUUACUUUGCAUUGACUUAUCAAUCUGUCGAUGUGUGCGGAAUGAAUGGAAAACGCAAUAGACUAUUCAAUCAAACGUGAUAAAUCUGGCAGACAUGUGAUAUGUAGUGAUAAUGAAAUAUACGUUCUUCUCAAUUGCAAAGUAGCAAGUGAAAAAAAGUCCAGCCGAUCGUCUUCUAUGUAAUAAGAAAUAGACUGUUGUGAUGAAUUUAGCUUUGUGAUAGGCAUCAUUAUACACAUAUAAAUCUAAAAUGGUGGCAAAAUCUACAGCACUGAAAGAGUUCCUAACACUUGAGAGUGCCAGCAAAAGAAGUAGUGUCUACGUCGAUCCUGAUCGUGAGGUUUUCUUCGAAUUACCACUAUAUAUUCCAACAAAUGAAAGUGUGACCAAAUGCUUUAACUUGUUUGAAGGGAAAAAAGCCACUUUGAAGACAUUCAACGAUGUCCAGCAGCUUCUGCAGCAGGGCAAAAAGCGCGAAGUGAAGACUGCAAUUCGUGAGAAUGCAUGGCCAAUAAAUUCACCAAUUAGAUCGCAAUUGUGGCCGGCACUGUGUAGUCAAUAUCAGAAUGGAAAGAGUAUGUUGGACGGAUUCUACUGGGACAUGGUUAAUCAGGUGUUUGGGACAACUGAACUGCCAGACAAACCUAUUAUGCUACCACCCUUUGUGGACUCAACCCACUGCCUUCCGUACCACUUGACGAGAAAAGGACGAGCCGUGGCGGAUCGCGUAGUCAGUGUUCUUGGCUACGCGUGUCCUGAUAUCACAUAUAGCCCAUCGCUUUAUCCGAUAACAUCCCUGUUGCUGCACUUCAUGUCGGAAGAGGAAUGUUAUCACUGUAUGGCAAGUCUGGUGGCUGCCAAAGAGAAGGUGUUCAUCACGCAGACAAAAUUACUACAUGAAGUGACGUGGAAAACUGUGAUGCAAAUAGCUAAGAAGCACGCGAAGGCAGCAGUAAUACAUCUGCAGCGUCUGUGUCCUGGCCAGAAGAUUGAGAGGAUAUUCAUGGACUGGUGUUGGUGGAUACUCGGCGGACUUCCUUUUCCGCAUUUGGUCCGUGUGAUGGAUUGCUAUUUCCACGAGGGAAUCAAAGUAUUCUAUCGCGUUUCUCUUGCCAUUCUGAUUCUCUUCCAAAAGAAUAUCACAUCGUCGAACUCAGAAUGGAACACUGAGUCCCUGAAGAAUGACAUUGACAAUGCAAUACCCAAAUUUUGCAAAGCGAUUUCGGUCUCCCCGACAAAAUUACUAAGGACAGCAUUCAAUAUCAGAGCCCUCAGCUCAACGUAUAUUUCAAGGGUGUUUAUUAAGACUGAAAUGGUUCUUAAGAGUAGAUCGGUUUUGAGUGGAUCCAAACAACUGGUUCGAUCGCGUUCUAGCGAUAAUUUACCAACGAGUCAAUCGCAAAUGAAUAUUCAAAUGAUGUCACACACUUUAACAAUUCGAGAGGGGGCUCAUUCCCCAGAUGCAAGAGUCCUUGCAAUGGGCGUUUUUCCCAUUCAGACGAUUAAAAGUCAAGUCCUAGAUCAAGAGGAUCUUUUUACACUCUGGAGUUGGCUGCCAGUGCGGAUCACGAUGUAUCAGCCGGUGCUUCUGUACACCACGGAAGAACAUGGAUGCUCAUUGACAACGUUUUAUGUUCGGGUGGAACAGCAUGAGCCUACACUACUCAUGAUAAAGACUUGCAACAACGAGGUAUUUGGUGCAUAUUGCUCUUCGCGGUGGUUCGAGAGAAAUGUGAAGGAUGACAAGGGCCAGAAGCAGGCAUACUUUGGGACGGGCGAAACAUUCUUAUUCUCACUCUAUCCAGAGCGCUCAAAGUAUCCGUGGGUGGGCAUUGAUGGCGACACGAAGCACGGCCAUGGGUCUGAAUUGUUUAUGGCGGCCGAUGCGAAAAUGAUAACAAUUGGAGGAGGUGAGGGACAGGCCAUUUGGAUGGAUGAGAACAUUCGUUAUGGCAAAACGGACAAGUGUAUGACUUUCAACAAUCCGCCGCUGUGUCCGUCUGGAGAUUUUGAAAUACGCGUCCUCGAGGUGUACGGCUUCGUCGGCGUGUAGAGGUAAUUUUGGGGGACAGGUUGAAUUCAACAGCUGUGGUCUAGAGUUUUGUGAAUUUUAAUGAAAUUGGAGAAGGCUUCUACCGGGAUAUAGUUGCUGCAAUAUUAGUGAUUAGAUGCGAAAAUCAUUAAAUCGAUUACAUGAUAUGCUGAUGAGAGAAUUGUUUCUUUAUGUACAGAUUUAUCAUCAUAUCUUUGUUCAAUACAUCUCUGAGAAAAUCUAUCUACCCAAUAGCUUUUUCCGUUUGUACAUACUUUCUAAACUUACAUUAUUAGGAAUUGUGUUAAAAGAAAUUUAUUAUGUUUAUGAAACAAUGUUAAUGCGUGGGAUGACGAGCGAUGCCCUUUAGUUGCAAAAGAGAAGGAAUGCAGCAGUGAAUGGUCAUGAUGUGAGGCAAUCACAACGAAAUGAUAGUCACAUCGAACAGAAUUGCAUCGUGAAAGCGAAAGAAAAUUGUUCUCUUUCCAAUUGUUGUGCUUUCAUUGAUUGAUAUUUACAAUUUUGCCCAACUAUUUAUUGAAUAAUAGCAAAACGAAUUCAACAGAUGAUAGAAAUAAAUUAACAUACGUGCAUAAAUAAGUAAUUUUGCUGUGCGAUUCAUAUCACGAAAGGAUCAUUGUUAUAUUAUUUUUAUGAAUUGUUAAAACCAAAAUUUUAUUUACAAGGAAGUGACAGAAAUUGAAUAGCAAAUAGCAAACAUAAUAUUUAUCAUUCCAAUAUGCAAGCAAAAAAUAUGAAUAUUUUGAAAUAUCUUUUAUUCUGUGAAAAUGAGAAUAACCUGGAUAUUUAUCGAUAAGAAGAGUUUACAUUUUAUAUUAAGGAUGUGAAAAUGUGUAUCACAAAAUUUAGAUUGUGUGUUUUAGAUGAAAACAAACUCAUGUAUAAUUAAGGAAUUUAUGUCCUCAACAUUGAAAGAAAAUGAAAUGACAUGUGAAAUUAUUUCUUUGCAUACCAAGAAAAAAAAACUGUUCUUAAACGCUCUUGUCUGCGCUUCCUGUACCUGUUGAUUCAUCUGCUAAAUUUGCUCUACUCGACACUUUCUGUAAAAGGUUGUAAAUGGGCUUCAAAGUGCUUUUCCCUUAGAAAAUUAUUUAUCAGUAGAAGAAAAAGAAACAGUAGAUAAAUACAGUGAGGAAGUAAAAGUGAUAAAAAAAAUAACUUUCGGAAGAAAGAAUUCAUGAGAAAAUAUUUAUUCAAGACUGUUUCGUAGCAAUAAUAAUUAAGAAAAAAAUAUCUAUUUUCUCUCAUUUUGGGAUGCACUUGAACUUUCACGAAGAAGUGUUUUGGACAUUAAUUCCUUAACUUUAGCUUCUCUUUUACCAAGUAGAUAAAGAUAAAAAAAAAUGUCGUAAAAUCAAUUGCUGAGAAAGAAACGAAAGUCUCUUUUUCAUGAAGUAUUAUUUUAAGGAAUAUUGGAUCAAAUUGCAUAAUGCUGCAACAUACUUUUCUCCAAUAGUGUUUAUAUAAUUAAUAUUUCUCCUCCACAAAGUAUUACUAUUGAAUUUAGAAUGAUUUCAUCAUUGCAAUCAGACGAGAAAUAUGAAAUACAAUAAUCAUGUCGCAUUAUAUACGAAAUAUUCUGUUCACAGAGUUUACAAAAUAUAUAUUUAGGCUGUAAGAUGAUUGAAAUAUUCGUAGAAAAUGAACAUUUCUGUGGAACAAUAACGAAAAUGUAGCGUUAUAUCAAAAUCAUGCAUACAAUGUAAUCCAGAAAAUCAAAGAAAGUCAUUUGAAGUUAUCUGAAGGACUCUUGAAAUUGACUAAGUGUUAAGGAAAGAAUUCUGCAUUUGCGAAAAUAAAUGUGAGACAAAGCAUAUAUUACUAGUGAAUUCAAUAAUUUUGCGGAUUAUGUAAUCAUUCAGUGUUGUUUGUUGAUGAAAUGAAACAAGAUCUAUAUGUUAUAUUCACAAUUUGACACUUAAUUAUUACAUUAAUGUAAAUGUUGUCUUCUCAGUGUCAUGUAAUUGGUAAAACUUUAAUCUGUAUAUUGGAUGUUGGUGUAUUUUCCGCUCUCUUGCUUUGACAGAAAAGAAAAAUGAUAAUGAGAAAAAGAGAAUUUGCAUAUUACAAGCAUUUGUGGCGCGAUGGAAAAACGCUUUGGAAUGAAGAUACAGUGAAAAAGAGCAAAUUUAUUAUUUUCUAAAAUAUAUGUGAAGUAAUCAUUGAGGCAAUCACUGUGGUAAAUAGCUGAAUGCAUCGCUAAAAAAGAUUACACAGUGAAAAUGCUUUUUCUUUAGGGAAAUCAGCUUAAAUUCAACAAAUAGCAAAAUGAUUCUGUGUUCAAAAUAUAUUCUUAUAUCUCUAGUCCAUUUACACGAAAAAAAAGAAACACGAAUGGCACAACAUUUCUAUUUUACUAAUCUAUGUUUAUGAUUAUAUUCUUUGUUUUUACUUCUUUGAAUUAUAUUCUUCUAUUCUUUUUGUUCAGAGUUAUUCCAGUGAGAAAGAGAAAAAAAAAUAUAAUGAGUUUGAUGAAACAAAUUUCAUUGGUACAGAAGUAGAUACAGAUUUAUGUUAGCAUGUUAACGUGUAAUUUAUUGAUAAAUUUUAUUUUAUCCAUAGAACCUUCGAAAGAAAAUAUUUAUGAGGAAAAAUAUCUGCAAUACAAAGUGAGAUAUACUGAUUUGUAAUAUAAAUGUUAUGGAAUAAAAAAGAUGCAUGACUAGUAUUAUUUAGAAUGUACAAUGAAAAUACAUAUUAUUCUCACAGAAGGAAGACGUUAGAGAAGAAUAAAAUUGUUUGAAAAA